AUGCACGACGCUGGCAUGUGGACUCUAGCUACACUUCUGUCCCAGCCGUCCACUCAAACGCCUUCGGGAGGUUGUCUUCGUGUUCUGAGCACCGUGUGGUUGAUGAUGUCAUUUAUCCUCGUGACAGUCUAUCGGUCCAAUCUGAAGGCCAUGCUGAUUCUGCCCAAGGUCGUCCUUCCGUUUGACAACCUCGAACAGCUGGCGGAAACAAAUCUUCGAGUCUGGACACCAGUUGGCUCUGUUCUGCAUGGUGCUGUUGAGACUGGGCGCUGCGACACCUACGCAAUAUCCGAAGGCUAUCUCCGAACUACUCUUGCUUGCAUACUUCUGCCGAAGGGGUCGCCAUGGAAAGCCAAGCUUGACCCCAUAAUCGUUCGUCUGCGAGAGUCGGGGAUUCUGGACUACAUCUACAAGAAAGGCGUCUACAAUGCAACAGAAUGUCUCAAACCAGUCAGUUCUCUCGUCACACCUAAUCUGCGUCCGAUGGACCUGGGAGAUUUCUACGGCGUCUUUAUGGUGUACGCUGGAGGUGAGGACAAUGAAUCUUCCUUCGAAACACGCUCUGUGUCUGAAUUAAAAGACUUAAAAUUAUCUCUGCUAUCGUCUCUAGCGACUAGCCAGAAAUGGACAGCCAUUGCUGCUGGAAACUUGUCAAACUAA